AUGUCGUCAAAAAGGAAUUGGGUGUUUUGUGGAACUGAUCGAUUUUCCGAUCUAGGAAAUAAAAUGGGAGGAGCAGAGCACGGACAUGGAGGAGAAGGUGGCGAUUUCAGAGCCAAAGUCUGGAGUAUGUCUGGUGGGCCUUACUGCAGGCCCAAACAUUGGCGUCGGAACACCGCCAUGGCUAUGUUUGGCAUUUUCCUUGUCUGCAUCCCCAUCGCCAUGAAGUCUGCGGAGCUCGAGUUCGACUCUGAAAUCUAA